UAUGGCCGCUUGUCAGGUUUCUCUCUGCUAUAACCUGAUUCUAACUUGGAUUCUUGGAAUCAUUUCUUUUGCUGCAGUUGGCACUACUAUCUGUGUCAAUUGUGUGUUAUUCAUUAAAAUUUUCACUUCUCAAAUUAAUAGAAAAAAAUGUCAGCGUGGAGGCAGGCAGGAUUGAAUUACAUCAACUACUCUCAAAUUGCAGCUAGGUUAGUCAGGCAAGCCUUGAAAGCCGACUUGAGGGUAGAUGCUGUUAAACGUGAUGAAGUUAAUGUGAAGUUUACUCAAUGGAAAGAUGGGAAAGCCAUCACUGAAAAGAUGUGAUCGUAAUGAUCAAAACUGCUUAGACAAUAUCACAGAUGGAUGCAGAAUUCAUCCAAUAUACAUUUAUAGUCAUAAGUAUAUAUGAGGAUCUCUAUACAAAAUAAAAAAAACAUUCUUUGCA